UGUUGCAAGGUCUGUUCGGGAAUGUGGGCAAUUGUGUAUUCGAGCGAAAGAUUGUCGUUACUUCCAGUAUCGUGCUGGAAAAUGGGGUGAAUCUAACUGCAGACUAUGCAAAGAGACACUAAGGCCUAUACAGAUAAUUCGUUCACAUGGCGACUGGAGAACCUACGAAAUGUUAAAUUCCAACACGGGUCCUUGCAUUCCCAAUAGAUGUAAAAAUGGUGGUUCGUGCAUGAGGGACACACGAAAAGAGAAUGGAUUUACAUGUGUCUGUGUAAAUGAUUUUGAAGGAGAAUUUUGCGAGAUGGAAAAAGAUGUUUAUCUGUCUUGCAGUGAGGCAAAAAGACGUAAUAGCAGUUUGCAAGAUGGCGUGUAUCGAAUUCGGGUUAAUACAAAUUCUGGGUAUAUUCGAAUGUAUUGCCACAUGAGUCGAUUGAAAGGUUGUGAAGGCAGUGGCUGGACAAUGGUUAUGAAGAUUGAUGGUACAAAGACAACGUUUGACUACAACUCACAACUGUGGUUAAACAUGAAGAGUUAUAAUGCAGAGGGUGGAGUCACAGGUUUCGAUUAUAAUGAAACGAAACUUCCAACGUUUUGGAGCACCCCGGCCAAAAGGAUUUGUCUUGGAAUGUCAUCAGGAAACACGACCAAAUUCCAGUCGUUUAGUUUGUACUAUGGCGGAAAUUUAUUUCAUCCACUGUAUGAUUUUUUUGUUGAUGAGACAUUCAGGAACGUCCACCUAAACUUACAAAAAUGGAGGGAUCUUAUUGUGAAUUCGUCAAUUAAAGAAAAGUGUUCCCGAGGAGGAUUCAACGUGAAAGCCGACAAACGUCCCGCGCCAUAUGCAAAGGUUCGUUUGGGAGUAAUUGGAAACGAUGAAAAUCAUUUGGUCACGCCAACUUCUUGGUUAGGAUUUGGUGGCCAAUGGGAUUGGUCUCCCCCAUGCAUCAGGCACAAUAGAACUAGUCCUAAUCCUAUAGGCCUACCUGUGUGUGGCAAUGUUGACAAAUGUAAUAAUAAUAUCAACAAUGAUCGGAUUAUCCCAGCAAUGGGUUAUAUCCUUGUACGUUGAUAAAUAAUAUGCAUU